CGCGGAAGUAGACUCAAUAAUGUAAUGUAGGUAGGCCGUGAAUAGCCUCACAUGCCAGUACAGUAGGUGGCGGUAUACGCGAACUGACAACCAAAUCCUAAAGAAAAAGAACAGACGUAAACAAAGAGCACGUCGCACAUAUUCAUUCAAACGAGAGCACGUCCACUGACGGUUCAACCACAGCGUCAGAAAUGAACGGUCAAGCCGAUAUGGAGGUGGACUACAAGCAGAAAUACAAAAAUCUCAAACGCAAAUUGAAAUUCCUGGUUUAUGAGCAGGAGUGUUUUCAGGAAGAGCUCAGAAGAUCCCAGAGGAAGCUGCUCAAAGUGUCCCGAGAUAAAAGUUUUCUGUUGGACCGAUUGUUACAAUACGAGAGGGUAGACGAGGACUCCUCAGAUUCUGAUGCCACAGCCUCUUCGGAGAACAGUGAAGGAGAGGGCACCAGGGAGAGAGACGGAGGAAAGAAGAGAAGGAGUAGCCCUGGCGUUGGCCUUCCCUCGUCCUCAUCCUCCCAUCUCUCUCUCCUCUCUCGUUCUGGAGUGAACCCUCUCCAGUCGUCCGGCAGUACCCCCUACCUCAACACAUUGCCCUUCCCACCAGAGUAUUUGGCUCCACCAGCUGAGAGAAUGAAGAAAGAGAGAAAGACAAAGGCGCCCAAACACAAGAAAGAGACAUCGGGGAAGGUGGUGGCCCCUCUAGCAGCCAACUACCCAGCGGGCCCGACUGCCCCUCCCACAUCCAGCGCCUCGUUCAACUGGGUGCCCAGGCAGAUGCUGAGUGGAGAUGCCGCGGAGGAGGAGGGAGAGAGCGACGGAGACUCAGACAGAGGAGACGAUGACAGGGGGGAAGGAGAAGAGGCUGACCUUGUCAUCGAUAUCCCCAACGAGUGAACUGUGUGUGUGUGUGUGUGUGUGUGUGUGUGUGUGUGUAAAGGAUUGUUAGAAAGAGUGUGUAAAAGCACAAUGUGAGUGUGUGUGGAUUCAACCCCUCCCACUGUCAAAUGCUUAGCCAAGCUCACCCCAUUGGACCUUCAGGUUACUGCAACAAUAUCUCUCUCUAAACAAUGUGACCUGUCAUAAUAAUGUUGCUAAUUGGCUCCUUUAAUGUCAUUUUACUGCCUUCUACUGUAAUACAAGUCAUGGAAGAAAUGGUAUUGAUGGCAUGGACAGCUACAGGACUGCUUACAUGUAGCACCUACCUUUUUAUGGGAAACUGUCAAAUAAUACAUUUUCUGUUGUAGAUAAUGGAGACGUUAUGUUUUCUAUCAAUUACUUUUCAAAAUGAAAUUGCAUUAAAGUGGUAACAUUUCAGAUGA